GUCCGCGGUGACGGGAAGGUUGGGCAGUACCAUCUCCGGCAGGGGUCGAGGGCGAAACCAUUCGGACCAUGCGGCGGGGCGGCCACGGCAGAGGCGGCGGUUCCGCACGUGGGGACGCUGAGGGGAGGCUCCUCACGGCUCUGUUCCGUUUCUGCCGAGACCGUCCGUCCUGUGCCUCAUGAGCACCCUCGUGCGGACCGAGCCGCUGAGCGGGCCGCCGCCUCUGCUGGUGCCCGGCGACCCCUACUCGGUGGUAGUCCUGCUGCGAGGCUACGCGGAGCCCGAGGGGGUGGACGGCGCCAUGCGGGCCGACGGCUCGGUGACCCUGAUUGUACCUCAGGCCCGGGGCUCGUCCUCCGGUCACCGAGAAGCCGGUCCCGAGCACAGAAGCGCGAAAACUGCCCUAGCCGAGGCGGCUCGCGGCCCCAUCCUCGUGGACACGGGCGGUCCCUGGACUCGGGAGGCGCUGCUGGACGCCCUGGCCGGCCAGGAUGUGGCCCCGAGAGACGUGACUCUGGUGGUGGGGACCCACGGACACUCGGAUCAUAUCGGAAACCUGGGACUGUUUCCCGAUGCCGCUCUGCUGGUCUCGCACGAUUUCUGCCUCCCGGGGGGUCUCUACCUUCCCCACGGGCUAGGGGAGGGACGGCCCCUGCAGUUGGGGCCAGGUCUUGAGGUGUGGGCCACGCCGGGCCACGCUGGGCAGCGGGACGUGAGUGUAGUGGUGGCGGGUACGGCCCUGGGUACCGUGGUGAUGGCCGGGGAUGUGUUUGAGCAUGAUGGAGAUGAGGACUCAUGGCAGGCGCUGAGCGAAGAUCCCGUGGCCCAGGAACGGAGCCGAAGGACGAUCCUUGGCAUGGCCGACUUGGUGGUGCCUGGACAUGGACCUCCCUUCCGGGUGAUGAGGGAGACCUCGCCCACCAGGGGUGAGGGAGAGCCACCAGGAGCAGCCGGUGGGAGCCUACAGUGAUGAGCCUGGAGAGAGGACUCCUGACCAGCAGUCCCCCUGCAGGUGCCCAGCAUGCAGGGAAGGACCCAGGCAGCGGAGUCUGGAUUUUCAGGGAAGGCUGAACGCCCCUCCUGCCCACUGCCAUCAGCAGUGUACUGUCUGCAACUGAACUAAGACCAAAGGUGGGCUCAGUCUCAUGCAUGUGUGACACACCAGGAUGUUCUUUUGAGGGUCCCCCACAAUUAAAGCAUAAACUGCACCGGAAAUAUUAUUGCCCUAAUGCGGAGGGGAAACCUGAAUAGCAAAAUAGCAACGUUUGUGGGACUGCAGAUGGGGGUGGGGGACACAGGGAUGACUGAGUUGCUUGACUAGUUCACUUGUUUGUUCCGUCUGCGGGAGUUGAUAUAACACUUGCAAGAGCUCCGGCCACUUCCUGCCCAAGGGGUUGUCAUCCAGCAGUGGGCAGGCUGGCCACACCUGUCCCUUGUGGACCACAUUUUGUUCAGACAGACAAGUAAACAAUAACUGUACUAAUGGCAAGUCAAAUAUCAGGUCAUGGUAGAAAAUACUUAAAACUAUAUUUACUACCCUAAUCUUGCAGGAUGGAGUGGGAGUGUGGGUUCAUUUUACUUAUGGUGGUUAGGUAAAAACUUCCUCAAGGCAACGACAUUUGAUCACAAACCUGAGUGAGAAGCCAGGCAGCUCUAUGAGGAGAAGGGAUGCCAGGUACAGGAAUAGCAGGUGGAAGGCCUAUUGGUUGGUGUGCGAAAAUUUUGGGAAGCCAGGCAGUAAACAGGCUGCAGAAUUAGGCAAGGCUAUGUGCAGGCCACCGUGAGAGAUUUGGACUUAGUGCUAAGGACAAUGGCAGGUCCUGGCUUCUGAGCAAGCUGUGAUGGCAUUGCUUCCUUGUUUUACUUUUUAAAGAUUUUACUUAUUUUUAUUUAUUUAUUUUAACUGAACCAGUUUCCCAACCGCCACAUUACCUGGGGGAUAGGGAACUGCCACCCAGUGUCAUCUCAGAC